UCGCCCGGGUAUGUGUGUAUCUGGGUAUGUACUACCUUGCACUGAAGCAGGGCCCGUGGAAUCCCUAUGAGUACUUACUCCACCCGCUCCCCCCCCACCGCUGUGAAGAUAGACAGAGAGAGAUAGGCACCUGUUGAUAUCACAGCUCACACUUUAACCUCCUUCGACAUUUCCUGUGGAUUUGCACCUCACAGAGCUGGUCCUCUUCACCCAUACAGAAAAAAACACCAGCCUAAUCUACUAUACUCGCUCUCCGAAUUCGAAUACACGAGGAAGAAAGAAGAAAAGAAAGGAAAAAAAUAGAAAUGGCGUCUUCCAGAGUGCGGGUUCGUGGGGAAUCUCGGUCGGUAAAGAGGAGUUCGGAAUCGCCGGUAUACCUGCAUAUGACUCCCUCGCCGUAUCCGCCGCCUAGUGGUCGUCCACCGCCGGUCCCUCCGAAGAAAUCGCCUAUCGCUCUUCCUCCCUUGAACUGUGACGCCGCUGGGUGCCGUCAGUCGGAAAAGAUUAUGGACAGACCGAGAUAUCGGAGCCCGCUGAGCAGGAUCCCCAGCUUCUCCGAGCUGCGGAGUUCUCCGGCUGCAGCGAUCCGGACUGUCCGCUCUCCCACGCCCGAGCAAUCAUCGUCUCCCACAAAGCAGGCUGUUCCAAAAGGUUUCAUGGCAACAUUGUCCGAGAUGGACGGACGGAUCUCACCCUCGAGCCCGAGUUCUCCAACCUCAAGAUUGGUCAGUGCGAAACAAAAGGCCAGAGACGUGUGGAUGUCCCUUCGCCAAGGUAACAACGCCGCCGCCUCCAUCGCCGCCGCCGCUGUCGCCGACGUUGAACCGCAAGUCAAGGCCGUCAGGAUACUGGCACCGUGCUUGGAUUCCCCUACCUUGCCGGAACAUCUCAUGAUCAACACGAAGCAUAAACGACAAUUCAGCGAUCCCAUAAGUGUUAUGUCGAGGGACCUGCUCGAUACCGAAGCCCUGGCACCAAGGCAGCGCCGGCAAACAACCGUCUCGGGACCACCUCGUGGUUCGUCUGCUCGGACCUCCCCCACCGAGGGACUCCAAACUCCGCCCACAUUCCUACUGGAUGAACUGAAAAGUCCCACCGGGCGAAAGCCCAAGGUGCGGACGCAACCACCAGUGGAAUCGAAAUCAGCGGGAUCAAAGAAGCACAGCGAUUCCCCAAAACAAUCACCCACAACAACAAAGAAAGAGGAAGAUGUGGGCGAGAACGGAGCGAUGCGACACAAGCGGAGGAAAGGGAGCAUCUCAAAGUCGGGUGUCCGGAGCAACAGUGUCCGAGUUUCCGAGGCGCAGGCACAGCUGCCACAGGCCGAGAUCGCAUCGCUGCAGAGGAAGGCGAUGCGACAAUGCGAGAAAUUCAAUGUGCUGUCGCUGGAAGACGUCGGAGUCCUGUCGCAGGAGCUGCUCGAGCUCGACUCUAGAUGCGACUACCUCCGGAGCACGAGGGCAUCGCUGCGGCAGGGCCGGAGAGCACUGCACACGAGGAUGAUCACGUACCUGAGGACGGCUCGCAGCGGUGCAUUCUCGCAGGAGAAUCUGUUGAGACAGGAGGAGGCCCUGGCCGACCUCGACACCGCCAUCGAAGACUGGGAGUCAAAGCUGGAACAGGCCGAGCAGCGCAGAAUGGAAAUCAAACAGAUGCUCCUGGAGCACGUCGCGGCAGCUUUAAGCAUCGUCAACGGCCUACCGUCUGCAUCAAAGGACACGGCCGACUCGCCGCCCGCAACAUCAGAGCAGCAGAAGCAGCAACGCCGCGCCGAGCAAGACUCCACCAUCACGGUUUACGCUGUCAAGCAAGAAGUUCAACGGCGAGCCUUGUGUCCAUGAUUCCAUCCACUAUACAUAUCAUACCUUUCUUUACCUUUCCAAUGUUUUUUUCCUUUGUGUACAUACAUUACCUUUCGUGUGUUGAGAUUUCUUUUUGCCGGGCAACCCUAUUCUUUUAUUUAAUGACGAUAACGACACGGCCAGUUUACCUUCUACCUAUGAUGCCAUGCCAUCUCCCCCCUUUUUUUGUUUCGCUUUCUCAAGUCUUCCAUCUGUUUCUGUUCUUUACGGCUUUUUUUUUGUAUUGAUAAUACCUUGCCGUUCCCCUAUAGAUUGGAGGAUCAUGACCCGGAGUUUUGCUACAUACAUAGUAAAAGACUUGCUCCUGAAUAUAAGAAUCUCAUUCCCAU